UUAUAGAGUACCACUUCGUAUAUUUCAAUUCUGUUCCUAACACAAGAGCUCUCGUUUUCUAGGUUUUCUGAGGUGUUCCAUACUUUGGUGCAAAAAUGAUUAUGAUUAUAGAUGGUUCCAUGAUCAACAAAUUCGUAGAAGACACUGAGGCUUUUCACAAAUAUAGUGAUGAAAAAUUCAAGAUGCUCGAUGUCGAUAACGAUGGAGUUGUCACACGCAAAGACCUCCCCAAGGGAGGACUUGGUAACUGGAUACUGGCAUUGGAUGAUGAAGCUCAUUCUGAUGAAGACGUCAAGGAAGAUUAUGACUCAAUCUUCAAAAGUUUCGAGGUUGAUGGAAGUUGUUCAAUUGGUCUCGAGACAUUUCGUUUGAUGGUGAAGGAGAUCAUGCUAGCUCUAGUUCGAGGGAUUGGUAACAUGCCUAUUAGUAUGCUCCUUAAUGAUGAUAGCUUGAUCUUUAAGGCUUGUCUUCAGAGUAACUAGAAAAUACAAUUAUAAAUAUUAUUGGUUUAUAGAGAAUACAAUAACUUAUACAAGAAGAUUUUAUGGAUAAUACCAUCUUAUUACCAUAAACUUUUACUUUUUAGUCAUAUAGUUAUGCAUUGGGGUCAAAUAGUUAUAACACUUUCAAUCAAAUAGUUAUACUUUCUA